CUCUCUUUUCUUCUCUCUCUCUCCCUCCCUCCCCCUCCCUCCCUCUCAGUCCUGCGCCCUUCCCUCUGUCCCCUCUCUCUCAGUUGACCCUCCAAGAUUCCCCAUCGUCGGCCUCAUUCGACAUCUGAUCAGCCUUCCCCUCACUCCUCAUUCCUCACUCAGUCCUAGCCCUAUGCCUCCCAAAAAGUCCACCUCGGCUUCCGCUGCUCCUGCCAGGGCUACCCGUGCGUCACUGCGGAGUCGGUCUAAUGCCUCAUCCCCAACCUCGUCUGUCACCACCCCCGACUUCUCAGGAUCGAACGAGGCCAGCCGCAUCCAGUCCGAAGCCUCGAGUCCCAACACCAGCAUCUCCCUACAAAAAUUGGACAUCAACAGCGACGGCGACGAUAAUAGUGUCGACAAAGAGGAGGACGAGGAUGACGAGGAUGACUUCCUACCCUCGAAGGUUAUCACACCAAGCGCCGUAGCCCUAGGCAAGCGACGCAAGGUCGAGGUUUCAGCCUCAUCCAGAUCGACUGAGGGUCCCUGUGCCCUCAAGCGCACAAGAAGUUCAAGCUCCAUGACAUCGAAUCGGAGAUUGAAGACCGAGCGUCCCUCAGAUGACGAGGAUGAAUCGAACAUCGACGGAGUAUCUUCUGAGAGUUCUUCCAAGCCUGAACCCGUUGCGACCAUAACAUCUCGACGACGAAGUAAUGCUGCAUCGGCUUCGUCUAUCUCUAGAACAGCCUCUGCUGCCUCGACGCCGUCGUCUUCGUCAAGGCCUCUGAGAAUCAGACCACUCCGCACUGCGUCUGCAGUACCUACUCCGAUCAAGAAGGAAGAGAGUGACGACGAAGACGAUAACGAUGGUGAUUUUCAAGGAUCCGAAAACGAGUUGUCUGUUGAGGACGAAUCUGAUUCAAGCGAAAGUUCCUCGGAAUCAGAUGUUCCAGCUUCAGCCCCACGUCGAGCAAGGGCGCGCCGUGAACCGAGGCCUGUUGUCAGUUGGGUGGAAAGGAUUAACAAGCAGCUGCUUGAGCACCAUCCGGAACUUGCUCAUGUCUGGGAUGAUCUUGAUAAAGUCACCGUGCAUGUACCAGAGGCAGCCGAGCAACCUGAGGGCCUCAAGUUGAAGCUGCUUCCCUUCCAGAGAGAAGGUUUGGGAUGGAUGCGAAAACAAGAAAAUACUCUGUUUAAGGGAGGAAUCCUCGCUGACGAGAUGGGUAUGGGAAAGACCAUUCAAAUGAUAUCGCUGUUAUUGACAGAGCCUGGCAAGCCAAAUUUGAUUGUAGCACCCACAGUUGCUAUCAUGCAGUGGAUGAGCGAGAUCAAGGACCAUGCGCCAUCGUUGAGCGUUCUUGUCUUUCAUGGCAAUAACCGUACUGAAAGUAUGAAGGAGCUCAUGAAACACGACGUAGUCGUGACAACCUACUCAAUUAUUGAGUCCGGAUACAGGAAACAAAAAUAUGGAGUCAAGCGUGGGGGCAUGACAAUCAAGGAGGAUUCAUUGCUGCACCGCAUCAACUGGCAUCGUAUUAUCCUUGAUGAGGCCCACAACAUCAAGGAACGGUCAUGCAAUACUGCGAAAUCGGCUUUUGCUCUCCAAUCAGAUAGAAAGUGGUCCUUGUCAGGCACGCCUAUGCAGAACCGCGUGGGAGAGUUGUACUCUCUCAUUCGCUUUAUGCAGGCUGAUCCGUAUGGAUACUACUUUUGCAAAAAGUGUCCAUGCAAGUCGCUUCACUGGAAGUACAGCAACCUGAAAAACUGCGACGACUGCGGACACAGACCGAUGGACCACUGUUGUUGGUGGAAUAACGAAGUACUGAAGCCUAUCCAGAACCAUGGCACACAGGGGCCAGGAGAAAUUGCCUUUAAAAAGCUUCGGAAGCUGCUUGAUCGCAUCAUGCUACGAAGAACCAAAGUUGAGAGAGCAGACGACCUGGGUCUCCCUCCAAGGAAGAUGACUGUCAGUCGUUAUCUUUUUAAUGAAGAAGAGGAGGAUUUGUACGAGUCUCUUUUUACGGACACAAAGCGGAAGUUCUCGACCUACGUUGCGCAGGGCACGGUGCUAAAUAACUACGCCAAUAUCUUUGAGCUUCUGACAAAAAUGCGACAAAUGGUCGACCAUCCGGAUAUGGUGCUCAAGAAGUACAAGCCGGGUGAAAUUGGUCUUCCAGAGACUCUUGUGUGUUCCAUCUGUCAUGAAGAGGCUGAAGAUCCGAUUGUGAGCAAGUGUCAUCAUCUAUUCUGUCGCGAGGAUGCCGAGCAAUACAUUACAACGUCCUCCGUGAAGGCACCGGAGUGCCCUGUCUGUCAUAUUGGGCUAGACAUUGACCUUCAGCAGCCCACCUAUGUCAGCGAGGAUGUGAACGGGGAUAACGAAGUCGCCCAUCGAAACUUUGCAAGAACAUCGAUCGUGAACCGCAUCAACAUGGAUAAGUGGCGAAGCUCCACUAAAAUUGAGGCUCUUGUUGAGCAACUUUAUAAUCUUCAGCGUGAAGAUCGGUCUAUAAAGAGUAUCUGCUUCUCUCAGUACGUGACUUUCCUGGAUCUGAUCAAAUGGCGCUUGGAGAAGGCUGGCUUUAAGUGUGUCAAGCUAGACGGACACAUGACGCCGGCGCAGCGUGCUGCCUCAAUUGCAAAGUUUUCGGACGAUCCGACGGUCACCGUAUUCCUAAUCUCCUUGAAAGCCGGAGGCGUUGCCUUGAAUUUAACGGCAGCCAGUCGUGUUUUUAUCUGCGACCCAUGGUGGAAUCCUGCUGCAGAACUGCAAGCUAUGGAUCGCAUCCAUCGUAUUGGACAGUAUCGACCAAUCCUAAUCACUCGUUUGAUUAUUGAGAACUCGAUUGAAAGCAGAAUCUUGCAGCUGCAGGAGAAGAAGCAGGCAAUGGUCGAUAGCACAAUCGGCAAGGAUCCUUCAGCUCUUGCUCGUCUCACUCCUGAGGAUCUUCGAUUCUUAUUCGUGAACUAGAGGCCUUUAUCACGAUUUCCCUAGUGUAUCUUUGUCCUCGCUGAUAGAGCUACAUGAAAUAUCAUUCAAGAUUUACUCAUACUGACCAUACUAUACAUCGAUACGGCGACAUUAAAGUCAGCAGCAAU